AUGCAGAUAGUCUCUAUCAACGACUUCAUCCGCCAGUCCUUUGACUUCCUCGUCAUCGGCGGCGGAACUGCUGGCCUUGUCGUUGCAUCUCGUCUAGCUCAAGAUGGAAAGUACACCGUUGGAGUUCUUGAAGCUGGAGGGACGGCAAACGGCCGCGAAGAUGUCCAAAUUCCCGGCUAUCUCGCAAUGUCACUGGGCAGUGAAAUCGACUGGAAAUUUCAGACAGCACCGCAGACAGGUCUAGGAGGAAGGUCGGUCAGUUGGCCGCGAGGAAAAGCCCUUGGUGGGUCGAGCGCCAUCAACUUCAUGACUUGGAUGAGAGGUGCUAGAGAGGACUAUGAUGGGUGGGAGGCGCUAGGCAAUUCCGGAUGGGGAUGGAAUGAGCUGUUACCUUAUUUCAAAAAAUCGGAAACGUUUCAUACGCCUAGCGAUUCUAUACGGGAUGAAGAGGACCUUCGAUAUGAUCCCGAGGCCUUUGGAGACUCAGGACCGAUUCACAUCUCUUAUGCUAAAGAAUACUCUCCAUCUAAUCGUCACUGGUUCAAGGCACUCAAUUCAUUGGGAGUACCAACAAACUCUGCUCAUUUUGCGGGGUCGAAUGUCGGAGCGUGGACAAAUGUCAACAACAUUGACCCACGCACAAUGACCCGAUCAUUUGCAACCAACUAUUGUUCCUUAGCUGGCUCUAAUCUCCACAUCUUGACUGAUGCUACAGUUCAGGAGGUUAUCCUUGACAAUAUUGACAAUGAGUGUGUAGCCUCUGGAGUACGGUUUACAUACAAAGGCGAGGAGCAUGUCGCCCUAGCAUCUCGCGAAGUCAUAUUGUCCGCUGGAAGCAUCAAGUCCCCACAGAUACUUGAGCUUUCGGGCAUAGGCAAUCCCGAGAUAUUGUCUCGGGCCGGCAUUGCUGUCAAAGUGGACAGUCCCAUGGUAGGAGAAAAUCUGCAAGACCACAACGCGGUCCAUAUCAUCGCAGAAGUAGACCCAGAGCUUGAGAAUAGAGAUGACCUCUUCUUUGAUGCUAACUACGCAGCUGAAGCUCGAGAACAGUAUCGUCGAGACCAAACUGGCCCUCUUGCCAGCAUUCCUUCUUCUUACACUUUUGUUCCCCUUGCCAGCUUCAUGUCACAAGAUACGUUGGAGAGGUUACAUUCUCAGGCCCAAGCUCUAACCGGAUUCUCGCCAGCCAAGAAGACUCUCAUGGAGCAGCGCCUGAGACAUGCCGACCGGUUCGGCUAUGCAGAAUACAUCUUUAGACUUGGCGCCGCGCCCAUGGCUGUGACUGGCAAAAAGUUUGGCACGCUGUUCCAAAUUCUGCAGUAUCCUUUCGCUGUUGGCUCAAUCCAUAUUCAGCCACCGGCCGCUGAGGGAGAUGAUCCUGUGAUUGAUCCUAGGCAUUACCAUGGCCCUCGUGGAGAGAUUGACCUCGAGGUUAUGAUGGAAUCGACCCGCUUUGCUCGCGAUAUCCUGCUUGCGCCUGCUUUUAGCAGUGUUGUGAAGCAAAUAUUUCACCCCCCUGCCAGUUCAUACGCGAACGACGAGUAUAUGAAGAAGUGGAUCACUGAUAGCACUGCUGUAGCAUUUCAUCCUGUUGGAACAUGCGCCAUGGGCGGCCAUGAAGGUAUUCGAGGGGGAGUUGUGGAUGAGAGGCUCAAGGUUUAUGGAGUCAAGAAGCUGCGUGUUGUGGAUGCAAGCAUCAUGCCGCUUCAAAUAAGUGCGCAUAUACAGGCGACUGUUUAUGCCAUUGCGGAAAAGGCAUCAUCCAUGAUCCUUGAAGAUGUGGCACAAAAUUAA